AUACUAACAAAUUUAGUGGGAUUUGCAAUCAUAUUUAAAUUUUGCCAAGGUCGGCAAUUAGGGUGCGAGAUUUUUAGGUCGGUCAAACGAGAAAUUUUUCAAAGUAAUGGUACCGAUUGUUUAAAGAUCCAGUGGGGUAUUUCAAUUAUGUUCGUGCGUAACACGAGGGGAUCGAUACCGAAUUGGUUACGAGUACGAUACUUCAGUAGUUGUCAACGAAGUUUUAAAGCUCCUAAUGGGGGAAAGUCUCAAGCUCCUGCUAAUUUCCUAGGUAGAGCUUCAAAUAAUUUAUCUGUUGGAUUAGUUGGGUUAGCUAAUGUUGGAAAGUCAAGUAUAUUCCAAAUCCUUACCCGUCAAACAAGUGUAGGUACACCUGCCAAUUAUCCAUUUGCUACUAUUGAACCAACUAAAUCUAUUAUUAAUGUACCACUGAUAAAAUUGGAUCAUUAUCAAAAACUUUUCCAAUCUAAUAAGAAAAUUGAAUCUAAUUUGUUGAUUUGGGAUAUUGCUGGACUUAUUAGAAAUGCUUCAAGUGGUGCUGGAUUAGGUAAUAAGUUUUUAAAUGAUAUAAGGAAUGUAGAUGGGAUUUUCCAUGUCAUUAGAGGAUUCAGAGAUGAUGAUAUUAUUCAUAUUGAAGAAAAUAAAGUCGAUCCCUUACGUGAUUUGGUCAUUGUUAAUGAUGAAUUAAUACUUAAAGAUUUAGAAUUUGUUGAAAUUGGAAUUGAUAAAUUAACAAAAUUGUUGAAAAGGCCAGGUAUUAAUAAAGCAGAAGUCGAAAAUGAAAUAAAUAUACUAGAAAGAAUUCAAGAGUUAUUAUAUGAAGGGAAAAAGGUAUCACAAAUCGAUUGGAAUGCAGAAGAAGUAAAUAUUAUAAAUCCUUAUAAUUUUCUUACUGCAAAGCCUACUUUGUAUUUAUUGAAUGUCAAUGAAAACGAUUACUUAAAUCAAACUAAUGAAUUCUUAGAGUCUGUUACAGCUUGGCUUGAAGAAAAUUCUCCUCGAGAUAAACUAAUUAUGAUAAGUGCAGAUCAUGAAACUACAUUAUUAGAACAAGAAGUAGAAGAAGAAACUGUCACUGGAUCUACUAUUGUAGCAGAAGUUAUAACUACAAUGAAAUCAGCCUUGAACUUAAUAUCAUUCUAUACUUGUGGACCUAAAGAAGCUCAUGAAUGGAAUAUUAGAAUGGGUAAUACAGUUCAAGAAGCUGCAGGAUGUAUUCACACUGACUUACAGAAGACAUUUAUUUCAUCAAUUGUUUACAAAUGGGACGAUUUAAAGACUAUGGAUUUGUUCAAUGAAACUACUUUGAAAAGUAGUGGAAAACAAUAUAAACAAGGUAAGAAGUAUCUUGUUGAAGACGGUGAUGUAAUAAUAAUCAAGGCAGGCAGUGCCAAAGUCCGAUAAUUAUAAUUCCAAAUAAUAAUUCUCCAAGAGGUACAUUACUAUAAUUAUUCUUUGUGUGCCUAUUUGGCUGCAAUUCCCCUAGGCUUGCUGAAACUACUGUAUAUAUACAUGAAUUACUUUGUAAAUAGCUUAAAAUUA